AUGGAGUUGUGCCACUUGCGCGACAUUGGGCUUCCCGUGCAGAGCACUUGCCAGCAAGCGCUGACAUUGCGGAAGGGCGCAGCAUGUUUGGCGCUGCCAUCUGGCAGGGUGUCAGAUUCAGCUUCAAAAGGUGGCGAAGCGCAAGCACGAGACAUGCGACCCGAGAAUGCAUUAGCCCAACCAGCUGCGCAAACUACGCGUGCCUUAUACAUGGAAGGAACCUAUGUGUUCCAGUGCAGUGCUUGCGUUCUUGACAUGCACUUUUUCGAGGAGACGGGGAAGCUGGGUGUGGAGUUGGACCAAACGGUGUUUCAUCCUCAGGGAGGAGGUCAGCCCAGUGACAGAGGGCAGCUGUGCGCUGAUGGCCUGCCAAACUUGGCCGUGACUUUUGUCACUAAAGACAAGGCCAAGGAAGGUGUUAUUCGGCAUGACUGCGAAGGUGAUGUGCAAGCAUGGCUCCGGAAAGGUGCAGGCGGUGUGCAGCACGUUCAAACAGCUGUUCAAAGCCUCAACUCAGAAUGA